CAAAGAUCAGACAAACAAGUCGUGAACAUAAAAACGGGAGAAAGAAACAACAAGAGAAAGAAAAAAAAAAAAAAAGAGCAAAGGAGGAGCACAAAAAAGAAACUGCAAAUCCAAUCUUUGUUUAUUUUAGCAUUCGGAGUUUCGUGACAGCGAGAGUUGCUGGUUUCGUGGGGGGUUUUAUUGGUUUCUGGGAUCAAGACAGAGAAGGAUUCGAGUUUGCAGAAAUUGGAAGUGAGAGAUCUAAUGAUCUUUGAAUCAUAUCAUCGGGCAUAAAUUCUGGAUUUUGAAGUUUGAGAGUGACCCAUUUGACUUGGUCCUCGGAGAUAUCUUAUUCAAUCCAGGGGAUCAAGGAUUAGUAGUAGACUUAAUGCGGCUAAGCAAAUGGGUUUAUUAUCAUCAUGAUGACUCUCCUUGUUGCUUCUGGAGGAGAUUCAGUAAAUGGAUUCACCGGAUAACAACAACAAAGCAGCACCUGGAUUUGUCGACAUAGUCAAAUCUUGGAUCCCUAGAAAGAGUGAGUCCUCAAAUAUGUCGAGGGAUUUUUGGAUGCCUGACCAUAGCUGUCCUGUGUGUUACGAGUGUGAUGCUCAGUUCACUGUUUUUAAUCGAAGGCACCAUUGCCGGCUUUGCGGUCGUGUGUUUUGUGCCAAAUGCGCUGCUAAUUCUAUCCCAUCUCCAUCUGAUGAAACUAAGGAUACUCAUGAGGAACCAGAAAGGAUUAGGGUUUGUAAUUACUGCUACAAACAGUGGGAGCAAGGCAUUGUUCCCCCUGAUACUGGUGCUACUAUUAUUAGCCUUCAUUUUAGUUCAUCCCCUUCUGCUAGAAGUGUGGCAAGUACUGCCUCCAACUGCACCUCUAAUAGUAGCAACUGCACCCUUGAUUCAACUGUUGGACCCUUUCCUAAACCCAAGAUGAAUCCCCCGUCUAGCCGUCGUGUCUCGGCAAACAUGGAUUCUGAGCAGCAGAAUUCAUCAUCGCGUAGGAGCUCAGGUGCUUAUGGGCAUGUGUUAGAUUCUUCUGAAAAUCAAGUUGAAUUCUUUGUAAACAGUGGCAGGAGUGAUGGUGAAGCUGAUGAGGAUGACGAUUAUCAAUCUGAUUUUGCACAAUCUUACUCUCAAGGAAAUGACUACUAUGGUGCCAUUAGCCUUGAUGAAGUAGAACAUAUCUAUGGGUCAGAUGAAGCUCAUGACGUUGGUGUAAAUAUAGAUCCAAACAUAGGUUGCUUUCCUCCUGAUCAAGAUCUUGACUCACUGGAUACGGAGACGAUAGAUAAAACUAGACUACAAGGGAAUGAAUGGAACGAUGUGAAGGAGGGAAGCCCUCCUUGUGAAGAGUCCUUUGAGCCCGAAGUAGUGGAUUUUGAGAGCGAUGGGCUCUUAUGGUUACCGCCAGAGCCAGAGAACGAAGAAGAUGAAAGAGAAGCUGUGCUAUCUGAUGAUGACGGUGAUGAAGGUGAUAGAGGUGAUUGGGGGUAUCUUCGCCCAUCAAAUAGCUUUAACGAUAAGGAGUUCCACUCUAGGGACAAGUCCAGUGGUGCUAUGAAAAAUGUUGUGGAAGGGCACUUUAGGGCUUUGGUAGCGCAACUUUUGGAGGUUGAUAAUCUACCUAUGGUCAAUGAAGGCGAUAAAGAGGGCUGGCUUGAUAUAAUUACAUCAUUGUCUUGGGAGGCGGCAACGCUUCUCAAGCCAGAUACAAGUAAAGGUGGAGGAAUGGAUCCAGGAGGAUAUGUGAAGGUUAAAUGUAUCCCUUGUGGCUGUCGCAGUGAGAGUAUGGUCGUGAAAGGAGUUGUUUGUAAGAAAAAUGUGGCUCAUCGGCGAAUGACUUCAAAGAUCGAGAAGCCGCGUCUGCUAAUCCUUGGAGGAGCUCUGGAGUAUCAGCGCAUUUCUAACCAGCUGUCUAGUUUUGACACUUUGUUGCAACAGGAAAUGGACCAUUUGAAGAUGGCUGUUGCCAAAAUUGAUUCUCACAAUCCCGACAUUCUAUUGGUGGAGAAAUCUGUCUCACGGUUUGCUCAGGAUUAUCUUCUUGCAAAGGACAUAUCUCUUGUGUUGAAUAUUAAAAGGUCCCUUCUAGAACGCAUAUCACGCUGUACUGGUGCGCAGAUUGUCCCUUCGAUUGACCAGCUCACAUCACCAAAGCUGGGUUAUUGUGACCUGUUCCAUGUGGAAAAGUUUGUUGAGAAACAUGUUAGUCCUUCUCAAGUUGCAAAGAAAAUGGCCAAGACUUUAAUGUUUUUUGAUGGCUGCCCUAAGCCUUUGGGUUGUACGAUAUUGCUCAAGGGGGCUCAUGAAGAUGAGCUAAAGAAGGUGAAACAUGUGAUUCAGUAUGGAGUUUUUGCAGCAUAUCAUUUGGCUCUUGAGACAUCUUUCCUGGCAGAUGAAGGUGCUUCCCUGCCAGAACUUCCUCUGCAGACCCCAAUUACAGUGGCUUUACCUGAUAAGCCAUCAACAAUUAACAGAUCAAUAUCCACAAUACCUGGUUUUUCUGUGUCAAGUGCUGAAAAGUCUCCAACUACUGAAUUAAGGGAUGGGCCACAUAAAGCCAGUGUCGACCUUACUGGUAAUUUCACUUCUAGUAAGACUGAUUUACAAGGGAGAUUGGAUGGAAACGACAGGAUUGACCCAUCUGAAAAUCUGCUUCACAACUUGGAUACUGUUUACUGUAAGCCUCCAGAAAUUAUUACCUCUAAGGACGAUGGAUUAGUUCCUACUCCAGAACCCAGGCAGCUAUCGUUUCACAAGGAAGAACCUUCUGUUCAAAAAGAUGAGUGGUCUGUUUUACCCUGUGCCACAGAACAAGUAACCGAUGGUGCUUACACGGAUCAAUCCACAGUAACAGGAGAUCAGAAUUGUAGUAGACAGGAACAGAUGGACUCUUCAAAAGGAGACUUUCUUCCUUCAGCAUCUGACCAUCAAAGUAUAUUGGUUUCCUUAUCAACAAGAUGUGUGUGGAAAGGAUCUGUGUGUGAACGGGCUCAUCUACUUCGUAUCAAAUACUAUGGGAGCUUUGACAAGCCUUUAGGACGGUUCUUAAGGGAUAAUCUCUUUGAUCAGGAUCAGUGCUGCCCAUCAUGUACGAUGCCAGCGGAAGCACACAUUCAUUGUUAUACUCAUAGGCAAGGUAGUCUGACAAUAUCUGUUAAGAAAUUACCUGAAUUGCUACCUGGGCAACGUGAAGGGAAGAUUUGGAUGUGGCAUCGAUGUCUGAAAUGUCCUCGGAUCAGUGGUUUUCCUCCAGCCACACGCAGAAUUGUGAUGUCAGAUGCGGCGUGGGGAUUGUCUUUUGGCAAAUUUUUGGAGCUGAGCUUUUCUAACCAUGCAGCGGCUAGUCGUGUGGCCAACUGUGGUCAUUCCCUUCACAGAGACUGUCUCCGGUUCUAUGGUUUUGGGAGAAUGGUGGCUUGCUUCCGCUAUGCGUCAAUCAAUAUUUAUGCAGUUUUUCUGCCACCAUCAAAACUUGAGUUCAACUAUCAGAACCAGGAAUGGCUCCAAAAGGAAUCCAAAGAGGUGAUUCAAAAGGCAGAAGUCCUUUUUAAUGAGGUUCAGGAGGCUCUUGGUCAGAUUUCAGCGAAAACAAUGGAUGCAGGUUCCAAGGGCAGCACUCCCAACAAGAUAAAGCUUUCUCUUGAAGAACUUGCAGGACUUCUUGAGCAACGUAAAAAGGAAUAUAAGUUAAUUAUCAACACCCGACUACAGAUACGCAUAUCCACUUUUCAUGUGUCAACUACUGUCACUGACACUGUGAAUAGACUAUUUCUUCAUUACACUCCUAGUGCAGUACUUGGUUGUGCUCAAAAAGGGAUCNUUAUUUCAGAUAAUGGUAUUGCCCGUCCGCCUAGCAGAGCUGCUUCAGCAAAUGAAACUCAGAUUCCUGAUUUAAGGCUAUUGGGUUCAGAAAGUGGGCUGAACAUUAAAGGCGUCCCUACCAGUGAUGAACAUACAACACAAGUUCAAAUGCCUUCUCCUAGUUUCUACUAUUCACUCAACAAAAAUUAUUCGCUUAAUUCUCGCAAGCAUAUUAUGGCUGAAGACCGGCCUGUCUAUGUUUCUUCAUAUAGAGAGCUUGAAUGGCGAAGUGGUGCUAGGCUGCUACUUCCUCUGGGAGUUAAUGACUUGGUACUGCCAGUGUAUGAUGACGAGCCUACUAGUAUCAUAGCUUAUGCCCUUACAUCAUCAGAAUAUAAAGCCCAGAUGUCUGGAUCAGAUAAGUCAAGAGAUCGCUUGGAUAGUGGAGGUUCCUUUUCACUUUUUGAUUCUGUUAAUCUUCUCUCAUUGAACUCUUUGAGCGAUUUGUCAGUCGACAUGAGUAGAAGUCUUAGCUCUGCUGAUGAACAAGUCUCGCAGCUUUUACAGUCUUCACUUUAUUUGAAAGAUCUGCAUGCUAGAGUUUCGUUUACAGAUGAAGGUCCUCCUGGGAAAGUGAAGUACUCUGUGACAUGUUAUUAUGCUAAGGAGUUCGAAGCCCUGAGGAAGAUUUGUUGUCCUUCAGAAACAGAUUUCAUUAGAUCUCUUGGUCGUUGUAGAAAAUGGGGAGCCCAGGGUGGAAAGAGCAACGUUUUCUUUGCAAAAAGUUUGGAUGACCGUUUCAUCAUCAAGCAAGUUACAAAGACAGAGCUUGAGUCCUUCAUCAAGUUUGGGCCUGCGUACUUCAAAUACCUGACCGAGUCCAUCAGUACUAAAAGCCCUACAAGCCUUGCAAAGAUCUUGGGCAUCUAUCAGGUUUCAUCCAAACACCUUAAAGGAGGAAAAGAGUUCAAAAUGGACGUCUUGGUGAUGGAGAAUCUUCUGUUCAAGCGGAACUUCACUAGGCUUUAUGACCUAAAAGGCUCCACACGUGCUCGUUACAAUCCUGAUACAAGUGGUAGCAAUACAGUUUUGCUGGACCAGAAUCUUGUUGAAGCGAUGCCGACAUCUCCAAUAUUUGUUGGGAGCAAGGCAAAACGGCUUCUUGAAAGAGCCGUCUGGAACGAUACAUCCUUUCUUGCUUCGAUUCACGUAAUGGACUACUCCUUACUAGUUGGGGUAGAUGAGGAACGAAACGAACUGGUUCUAGGAAUUAUCGAUUUCAUGAGGCAAUACACCUGGGACAAACAUCUAGAGACUUGGGUCAAGACUUCAGGGCUACUUGGAGGACCGAAGAACUCAUCUCCCACAGUGAUAUCGCCGCAGCAAUACAAGAAAAGAUUCAGGAAAGCAAUGACGGCUUAUUUUCUGAUGGUCCCUGACCAAUGGUCGCCUGCAACGGUAGUGCCAAGCAAUAGUUCUUCAGCAGAGGUGAAGGAGGAAGAAGAGCGAGACAAUCCUCAAGCAACAGUUGGUAACAAGUCCUGAAGCAUUUUCUGCAAGAUACAUACAGAAUCAAUAUUCAGUUAGCCAAUAUAGUUUUUUAUUUUUUUGGUUGGAAUGGUCCUUGGGUAAUUUGUGUUUAUGUACUACCCUUGGCCUUAGGUGUGGCAUAUGCCUCUUCCAUCGCCUUUUGCAUCAGAAUUAAUAAAAGCAAGAUGCAAUUGUACAUACACUGCUUCAAUCUUUUAGUGUUGUUCAGUUACUUUUGUUUACUAACAUUUUGCUCAGUAAGUAAGUGCGUCAACUGCCUAUAAUAUUA